AGAUCGGCUGAGGAAGCCAAACCAGCACCUGUUCCUGGAUGGAGAUGCAACAUCCCGGAUGUGAGAGAGGCAGCAUCCUGUAGUUCUAUACGUCGGCUGUAAGAAGCCGUCGCACAUAUACAUGCGUAACGUACGUAUUUAAAUAUGAUGUAGCCGAUAGGCAGUGGCCGGACAGGCGGUGAAGAGAGCUCGCUGACGGACUGUGCGUAAUGCUGAGUGGACAGCAGUAUUUCUCGCCCUGUGUUCCAGCCUAGACGGGCUCCUGACAGCAGCUUCGCAUUUCCUCUGCAGUGCAGCUCGUCACCAGAGCCCGAUGCGCUCCGCCGGACCGAGCCCGUUCACUUUGAUGCCGUCCAAGCCGACCGGAGCCUGAGCCGAAGGAUGCAGGUGAAAAACCAGAUCUGCACCGAGCGCAGCAGCACCGACGACCCGGAGCAGGAUGACAACCAGAAGAAGACCUCGUGCUUCUCCAACAUCAAGAUCUUCCUGGUGUCGGAGUGUGCGCUCAUGUUGGCUCAGGGCACGGUGGGAGCCUAUCUGGUAAGUGUUCUAACCACUCUGGAGAGACGCUUCAACCUGCAGAGUGCCGAUGUGGGCGUCAUCGCCAGCAGCUUUGAGAUCGGUAACCUGGCCCUCAUCCUGUUUGUCAGCUACUUUGGCGCCAAGGCCCACAGACCCCGCCUCAUUGGCUGCGGCGGUAUCGUCAUGGCUCUUGGAGCGUUGCUGUCCGCCCUGCCGGAGUUCCUGACCCAUCAGUAUGAGUAUGAGGCCGGCGACUCCUGGCACGCCGAGGACGGCAGGGACAUCUGCUCCAACAACUCCAGGUCAGAAAACCGAGACUCUGGGUUUAAAUGUGGCAACCGAGCCAACACCAACAUGAUGUACCUUCUGCUGAUCGGAGCCCAGGUUCUGCUGGGCAUCGGAGCCACACCUGUCCAGCCUCUGGGAGUGUCCUACAUCGACGACCAUGUCCACAGGAAGGACUCCUCACUGUAUAUAGGUAUUUUAUUUUCAACUUUAGUUUUCGGCCCGGCUUGUGGCUUCAUCUUAGGUUCCGUCUGUACCAAAGUCUAUGUUGAUGCUGUCUUCAUUGACACCAGUAAGCUGGACAUCACCCCAGAUGACCCUCGCUGGAUCGGAGCGUGGUGGGGCGGCUUCCUCCUCUGUGGUGCCUUACUAUUCCUGUCGGCCCUCUUCAUGUUCGGCUUCCCCCAGGCACUGGACGAGCAGGACAUGGACGGUGGAGGGGAGAGUGAGCAGGCCAUGCUGCCUUCUUCCCUGACCAUGGAAUACCAGGGCUCCAAACCCAACGGGACCAUGCGGGGCUUUGAAAUAAACAGUGGCCUCACGGUCUGUGAGCAUCUGAGAAUAAUCCCUCGGGUCACCAGGCACUUACUCUCUAAUCCGGUGUUCAGCUGCAUCACACUGGCAGCCUGCAUGGAGAUUGCCGUGGUUGCCGGCUUUGCUGCCUUCCUUGGCAAAUACCUGGAGCAGCAGUUCAACCUUACCACCUCCUCAGCCAAUCAGCUGCUAGGUAUGACGGCCAUCCCGUGUGCCUGUCUGGGUAUCUUCCUCGGGGGGCUGCUGGUGAAGAAGCUGAACCUGUCUGCACUGGGCGCCGUCCGCAUGGCCAUGCUGGUCAACCUGGUGUCCACUGCCUGCUACGUCUCCUUUCUCUUCCUGGGGUGUGACACCGGGCCUGUCGCAGGGGUCACUGUGGCCUAUGGCAACGAGACAUUGCGAUCCUGGCAGCGACCUGAAUCGCCGUGCAUCAAUAACUGUAACUGCUACACAGCGUCAGUGAGUCCUGUCUGUGGUUCCAAUGGAGUCACCUACCUCUCAGCCUGCUUCGCUGGCUGCACCAAACCAAACCUGACCAGCUGCGCGUGUAUAUCCAGCAACAGUGAGGAGGCUGUGGCGCUACCAGGGAAGUGUCCCAGUCCAGGCUGUCAGCAGGCCUUCCUCACCUUCCUGUGUGUUAUCUGUGUGUGCAGCAUGAUCGGAGCCAUGGCCCAGACACCCUCUGUCAUCAUCCUUAUCAGAACUGUAAGUCCAGAGCUGAAGUCUUAUGCCCUUGGGGUUUUGUUCCUGCUGCUGAGACUUAUAGGCUUCAUUCCUCCCCCUCUGAUCUUCGGCAUGGGCAUCGACUCCACCUGUCUGUUCUGGAGCUCGGUGUGCGGCGAGAAGGGAGCCUGCAUGCUGUACGACAACGUGGCCUACAGGCACCUGUAUGUCAGCAUCGCCAUCGUCCUCAAGUCAUCUGCCUUCAUCCUGUACGCCACCACAUGGCAGUGUUUAAGGAAGAACUACAGGAAGUACAUCAAGAACAGCGAGGGGUACCUCACCCCCACCGAACUCUUCGCUUCCAACGUGACUCUGGACAAUUUGGGCAAAGAGAUAACGCAGAACCCGGCCAACAGGACAAAGUUCAUAUACAACCUGGAGGACCAUGAGACAUGUAACAACAUGGAGUCAGUUUUAUAGUGGCGCUCUGCACGGGGACUGCAGGCUGGAGGUGUUAGUGUGCAAGUGACCUGAUGUGCAAUGUUUCUCUGGUGUUAUAUUGAUUUAGAAGAAUGUCCUCAGUUUGGGUCUUAUCUUCUUCUCACCCAAAACAUCAAAACACAAUGGAAAAAAUAUCCCAAAAUAUCCAAUUAUACUCAAUUUCUUAUUUAGUUUUCUGAUACAUGUUUAAAUUUUUGUUUAGCUUUUUUCACCUAUUUAACACCCAAGUAGGGAUUGACAGCAAACACUGGGAGAGAAAGGAGAAAUGACACUUCAACAAAUUUUAAACAGGGAUGUUGCAGUAAAGUGUUUUGCAUCCUUUUACCAGGACACCAACAGAAUUGUUUUCUUUACAGAUUUAGAUUUAGUAAAAUCUUCAGUUUAGAUGAACUUCAGACUCAGAGCUGUGUAAGAAGCAGAAAUCUGUUUGUUCGUCAGCUUUUCUUUGACAGUUUAUUUUCCUUUAGAAGGAAAUAUUUCUCAGGUCGUCAAGUCAGAUAGAAAGAAUAAGAAUGUGAUUGUUCGCUGUCAGAUGAAGCAUUUUUAGCUUAUGUUUUGAGCACUUUUCAAGAACAUACAGCUGUAGUGCAAGUGGGAUCAUUCCAUUCAGGGAGUUUCACUCUUGUAAUUGGCUCGACAACCCCACCAAAUCAUUAGUCACACAGUUAACUUUAACACAGGGAGAGGUCAUAACUCUCUCUUCUGGCCACAUCAUUAAAGAUUUGGGAAAUAAGGGACAGAGAAAAGAAAAAAUAUCUACUACUCUACACCAAAACCAAAUCAAUCAAUUUCCAAAGCAUCUUAAAAUAAUUGCACUUAUCUUUAAUCCCCAAAUCAUGAGUGCAAAAUAAAUGAAAUAUCUCAUGUCACUUCUAACUUCAUUGUUCAGUAUUUUACAAAGUAGCACGGGAGUUAAAUCUAUGACAAUAUUUAUUUUACCAGUGUGGUCAUUUACUUUACACCUAAGUGGGGUAGGUUUAUUUUCUUUUUAAAAGCUAAAACAUAACACUGAUCGUGUUGUUCAUGUGUUACAAAAUGACUGUCUUUCUUAUUUGCUUCCAGUGGAAUUGUCCUGUUCUAGUUCUCGAGGGCAUUCUGGGACAUUUGUUGAAGAAAGAGGAGCCUUGAGCCAGUAUGUAAUACAUAUCCCUUUACUGUGUCAUAUUGAGGAGUUUUGCGAUGAAGGCUGGACAAGAUUCUGAUGUUUCAGAACCACACAACUGUUUUUUUUCUACUUCACAUGAAUCUUUGUUUUCCCUGUGUCCUUUAUAGAAAUUAGGUACAAUUUUCAAAAGGUCAUUUAUUUAAAAAAAUCCAGUCCAAUUGUUUAAAUGACGACCGUACCUAAAUCUGAUGGGGAUAAAUGACUUAGGUAUAUAAGCAUAACUGAACCUGUUUCUAAUGCAUAAUAUUAUCCAUCUGUCACUCAUGUCAUUGGCAGAUGGAGAGAGAAACACAGUUUGACUUGGUGGUGUAAUUCCACUGCCCUCAGCAGAAAUGCAUGGAAUACAUAGCAACACGACAAAUAACAAGCAGGGAACAUUCUCUAGCUGACACAGGUGGAGGCUGACAGAGAGUGCGAAGACAUUUAAGUGGAACGCCAAGUCAACGUAGCGAGACAUGAUGAUGGUGGUGGGCUAGCUGUCAGCAGACACAGCAUAGCAUGACGCAGCCUGAGUUAGUUCUUUUAGAAGCAUGCUGGUAAUGCAUGUAAUGAUAAAAAAGAAAAAAAUACUCAGUAUGUCACUAAGUUGCACACACUGCAGUUUGGUGGACAUGGAAAUGGUUAAAUACACAUUUAACUCUAAUGGCCUGCAAAUUCUAUUUUUGACCACGGGAAAGCUUUAUAAUGCAUACUGCAUUGUGAUGUCAACAUGAAAAAAAUACUCAGCUGAUUCAUAAUCGCUCACACUGCAGUGACUGAUUUUUAAAUACACAUUGUUUUCUAUGGGAUUCUGAUUUCUGACAUAUCCAGUUUAUGUAGAGUAUGUUGUUUUCUUCAGGCUUACUUUGUAAGUAUCUAAUAUGUUUUGCAUCAAAAAAUAUGGAUGUUUUUCCAGCUACUCACCACUGCAAUAGAUUUCAUUUUCCAAACAUGUUUAAUCCCUUUUGGGGAUAGAGACUGGAGGUUUGAAAGUAUUUUAAUCAUUUUGGGAAAUACAUAUUCACUUUCUUGCCAAGCGACGCAGCACUACCCCAAGAAGUAGGCAUGCACAUGAUCCACCCUCCCAUAAAAAGCUUUUACACCUGUUUUUUGUACGGGUAAUGAGAUACAACAUGUUCAUAGACGCCCUCAUGGCUGGAUUUUAUCGAUGGAGCCAGGUUAAUGGUUUCCCCCCCUCUAUUUUUCCAUCUACGUCCUACAUUUAGCAGAACCAGCUGCUGGUUGUAAUUUCACAUUUACUGUACAGACAUGAGGUCAACAUCCUCGUCACCUGGCAGGAAAGCUGAGAAGUGUUUUUCCCAAAAUGUUAAAUAGUUCCUUUAUAGUUGAAGUCAACUACUAUUUAGUUUUAUGCUGCCACCCAUGCUUAAUGAGCCUUUUGUUUGCUAAUGGUGGAGAUGAUUUAUUCAUAUGAUGUAUUUUAGUUUGGCACCUCACUGAACCAACAGUAUAAACUCUACGGUACAUUGAUGCAGCUUUAGUAUCAUAAGAAACACGGAGACAUACAGUAUUUAUCAAAUAGGGAGAACAGACAGUUGUUAGAGAAUACUUGAGAUCAACUCUUAAUGGACCUAUGUUCAAACCGGACCAGACUAACAUCUGCUCGGUUUGAUGUGACAGUGAGAAUACAGAUGUUUAGCUCUGCAUUAAGACUUGAAUCUUUAAACUGGGGACUCUCUGGACACUGAGACAGGUUGUGCCUGAAACAGUUUGAUCGUCCCUGAUGGGAUGAUUGACUCCGAGCAGGAUCAUUCAGGACAGCCGGACAUAACGCUGAAAUGUAAAAAAAAACUAAACAAAAUAAAUAAAAAGGAGGCUUCCAUUUUUCUAACAUGGAGGAGGGCUAUGACCAACAUCACCUGCUGGUUCGCCGUCUCCACCUUAGCAACCCCCUCCCCAACAGGUGACGCUGUCUUUGAUAUCUGUGACGUCCAGUGUGUCAUAGUGCUGACUCCUCUGUACAUAAUAGUGCCAUACAAGUGCCAAAGUGACACCAUAGAAGUGUUCCGUAACGUCCCGCUGAGAACGCUGUCUCAACACGCUGGAGCUCGGAGCAGAUCGUCCAGCUAUAUGUAGCCUUUCUGUGAUAUCCCUCCACUUACUUUCACCAUAUCAUACAAAAGUGUCCCGAAAAACAUUUUGCCUAUAAAAUAUUGUACAUUUGGUCUAGAGAGCAGUAUUAUUUAGGAUGUAAUAACUGUUAAUAUGUAGGACUUUUCUACUAGUGAAGUUAUAGUCUAAUUUUGUCUUUCCAUCAGUGGCAAAGCUACUGUUUGUUGCUUUGGUCCAAAUACGAAAUAAUACUUUUUGCUUGAAACAAGUGGCGCCAAUGUUGACAUGGUGCAGUAAAUAUGGUCGAGUGUAGAGCAUCAGCCAAACUUUACUGAUAGCAGUCCUGCACCUGUGCCUGGAUAUGAAGCUCUACUCUGACGGGAGCCCAUGUUGUGCCAUAUCAACCUGUGCACUGUAACAUUCAACACUUUCCAAGAAGAAGCCAACAUAUUGUAGGUCUGUCCAACGCGCUGGCAAAGUGUGACGGCGCUCGCUUGACCUUGUAUUCACCUGCGGCGACAGGACUGUUUUUUUUGGCACCUAAAUGUGCUUGAGAUGUUUUGCCUUGUGAUGAGAAAACAACUUUGGAGCAUAAAAGUUUUGGGUUUUUUUACAUCCUCUUUUUUUCCCAUGAUUCUCUUUUUAUGACCUUGCCUUUUGGUAACAGCAGGUGGACUUUUAUAGCAGAUCUGUGGAGACGGAGGUAUUGACAUAUGAAGAGUUUGCUACCAAAAUACGUAAUGAGUGGGCAAAAAUGUUCUUAUCUGAGGUCUCUUAACAAUGGACAGUCAUCCUGUAAAUACGUCCAUAAUCUGAUCCUUAUGUUGCUAUUAUCAUUUCUCAAGGAAAGUCACUUUUUGUAGAGGAAAGAUCUUAUUUUGGAAGGAAACUCUUCAUAUGCAGACAGAUAAUCAGUUGGUUGGAGCAUUUAGGCAGCAUGUUGCCUUUAAUUCAAGUGAAACCAUGUGCUAACCAUGUUAGUGACGGUUUUAGAGUGUUUUGUUUGCUUAUGUUGUCGGUGGAAGUCAAUACAUGAAUUUCAUGGUUCUUUGCAGUGACAGGACCUUUGACAUGGAGAAGGGCAAUGAAAUAAGAAAAUAUCACUUAUAUUUUCAAAGCAUCAAAAAAGACUUUUAGAUAUGCUCUACUGCUUCUUUGGUUAUUUAUUUUUAUUUUUAUUUAAAUUACAUAACUUUAUAUUUAAAAAAGCUUUAUGUUCUGUAUAUUUCUUGGAAAAGAUUACAUGAUUGUAUGUUUAUUGUAAAUACAUUAAAUAUACUAUUUUUGGUUUUAAUAUGA